CCAUGGAGACGACUCGGUGUUAGGUGUAAAACGACUCGGUUCGCUUUGGCGUUUCCUUCUGCGGUUUUUCCUCCAAAUACAAAGCCAUUUGCCGUUCGCUGGAUUAAAGUGGGACAUAUGAACCGAAGCUUCGUCAGCGCCUGCUAAAAGCUUUACUUACUUAACUAUUUGACACCGUUUACGUGUUUGUUUUCAGCAUGUUCAAGGAAGAUUAUCAGGGAGGAGCAGCUGUUGAAGUUUUCAGUGCACAGGGAAAAGAUCCUGUAGCCAAAUGGAAAUUACACGGAGGGCCUUCAGCAAUACGCAAAGAGUAUAAAAAAGACAUUAAAGGAUUUGUUUACUGCCUGGAAGGUGACAUCCACAAUGUGAAGAUGCAAAUACCAGAAAAUAGGAAAAUGUCUCUUGGCCUCUCUCAACAAUUCAUUGUCCUGCAAGUAAAAAUUCCAGAGGGAAAACAUUUUUGUGUUGAACUUUUAAUAAAUUCCUCUGACAACCAGAAAAAAAGGCUCUAUUUCUCAACACUGUAUAAAAUCCUGUGUAUCACAGAGUUCCAUGCAAGGAUACCUUUUUUAGGAGUGAAGCAAAAUAUGUGGACUUCAUUGUGUAUCAACCUUGAAGCAUUCACCAGUGAACUGUUCAAGUGCACGUAUGCGAUACUGGAUGGUAUCACAUUAUCGGCAGCCUGUGAAGUCAGAAGAAUCUUCACCAUGAAAACAGAGCCUACAGGAACAUUAGAAGAUGGCAUGUUUCUCACUGGAGCUGAUAUGAAGGAGUUGAUCCCUCGCAGCUGUCAGUUCCCAAAAGAUAUAGAAAAUGUAACUCAACUAUUGAAUCGAAACUACAUUGUAAAUUUGCAGAUUGCACAAAUGAGGACAGGUGUUUUCAAGUCAGACUGUGGUAAGUCAGACCAAAGUCAAACUCUGACACUGUGCAAAGUUACGGAAAUUCAAAUGUGUUAUAACAAAGACUGUGACCUUCAUUUAGUUUCGCUCAUGCAAGAGUGCAUGCUGCAGAACCUCCUGCCAGAAGCUGCUGUCCUCACCACUCUCUGCAAGGACUUCCAGUCUGAAGCCUUACAACUUGCACACCAGACGGAGAUGCAGCUGGUCAGCCGGAUCUUGAUGGUCCCUCUAGAGAAGGUGGAGAGGAUGGGAGGGGGGAGGGAUGCUCUUCUCAUCUGUCACAGGAAAUGCAGACGCUACUGUGCUCUCUUUGCCAGGGAGCUGGAACUUGGUGCUGCUGACAACCUCCACCGCUGUGUCAUUGAUGAGGCGUGGUGUUUGGCUGGGUCGGGAUCUCCUGAAGUCAACAAUGAACUGUUUUGUUUUGUCGACGUUCAGGAGCAGUACCUUGGACGACAGUCACAGGUCAACAAGGUGAACAGCAGGGGGCUCAGGAUGCAGCCUUGGGGGGAGCCGGUGUUCAAGGACAUGACACUGGAGGUGUUGUUCCACACAUGGACAGACUGGGUUCUGCCAGUGAGGAAAUCUAGCAGCCAGUUGCACAAGGGUGUUUUGAGGCCCAGUUGGCUCAAUUUCCAUACCAGGUCUUGGGGGUUGAUUGUGUUUAAUGCUGAGCUGAAGUCCAGGAACAGCAUCCGCACGUGGGUGUUCUUCUCCUCCAGGUGCUCCAGACUCAGAUGGAGAGCAGUAGAGAUGGCGUCCUCAGUGGAGCAGUUGGGCUGGUAUGCAAACUGGUGUGGGUCAAAUGAUGAGGAUGUUCCUUCUGCCUCUGCCCAUGCCAAAUCAGCCAGCUGCAGCAAAAACAGGAUCCAGAAUGUGUCACACACAGCCUCAGGUUUCAAGGUUUCAGGAUAUCUUGCUCAAACUGGACAGAAAACCUCUGCACCCUCAGAUGGAAAGGACAGAAUUGGACACUGCAUCCAGAAUGUGGGACCAUUGUCACUUCAAAUGAACCCAGAUAUUACUUCAGAAACUCAAAACAUUUCUAUGCAGAGUGAGACGUCAUCACCUUCAGAACGUUACCAUGGUCUUCAAAAGGCAGUCCCUGAAUAUGCAUUGUCUGGUGCUCGGGAAAAGAAUUGCUGGACCAGAGGCACAUCUGGUCCUCCAUCCACUGAGCAGGACAGAAUACAUCAACCUGUGACAGAAAAGAGCAAGCACCAAACAACAGAUUUCUGUUCUGACCUUCAGGUCCGAAGUAGCAGGGAGAAUAAUGAGUCCCAGCCUCAGCUCACAUUGCAAGAGAUGCUCUUCACAUUCCCUUUCCAUCUACGCUCCCCAAGACAAGAGCAAACCAUCAGUGACCAAAAAAAGAUGGCGAUGACAGAUGGUCAGGUUCAAAGUGAAAUUGAUAGCUGCUGUGAGGCCCAACUUGAUGGCAUCUUGAUUGGCAGUGAAAGUGAUGAGGUGAACAGCGACAAGAGACCCGAGGGUGUUGAUUGCAGUGUUUCUGAUAUGCCCCUGCUUGACAGCUUGAAAAUUCAUGUGGAUGAUGAUGAGGAGCUACGAAUGCUGGCAAGUCUAAAACGGGAACAGGAGGAAGAUGAAUGCGGAGCUUCUGGCUUCAGUACAUCUCAGAUCUACCAGUCUAAUGUUAGUGUGAGCAUCAGCAGUGAUUACACCUCUACCUGGACCCACAUUCCAAUGCCAGCUAAUCAGGGUCACCACUACCAGAAGAAAAUGAACCCCCUCCUUUGCUCAAACCCAAGGGAGUGGAUGGAAGUGCUCAGUCCUCCCAUUAUGCCUCCCAACCAGGGGAUGAGCUCAGGCACAACAGGGAACUGGGUUGAAGAUCUAAUCAAAGGACGGGAAGAGCCAGUGAAUGAAGAGGAGAAUGAGGGUGAUGACUAUUUGAAUCUCUUCUAUGAUCCUUGCCUGAAACAGUAUUUUGAUCCAAAAACAGGAAAGUACUAUGAACUGGUCUGACUCAAAGCUGAUGAGAAUCAAAAGCUUUUGAGAGUAACUGAAUGGAUUCACAUUUUUUAGAAGCCUUGCUCAUUGAUCAGUAAUGAAUAACCCUUUCACAAAAAGUCAUUUAUGAGUUGUCGCUUUUGUUUUUGAGACUGUAGCAGCAGCUUUGUGUCGCCAUGUAUAGUCUUGAGUAAGAUAAGACGUGCAUGAUAAAA